CAUGUUCCCUUUUAGUACAAACAUAAAUGGAGACGCAGAAAACUCAAGCUGAAACCCCACCAAAACCGGCCAUGUCUUCAUGUCGAAAGAAGACAAAGGAUGAUGCCAAUUUCCUUGAAGACGUUAAGGAUCACAUCGAUGAAUUCAUGAGUGCUUCCAUGGAUGAUCACAAGAAUUGUUUCAACAAGACCAUCAAGAAGAUGUUUGGAUUAUCAAAGGCUGUUGCGGAGAAGCAACAAACUGAGGCUAAAGGAGUCGAGAGUUAUUUGCCACUUCAGACAACAGUCUCGGACUAGAGAAACUGAUACAAUCAAGCUAACAGGAUCUUGGUUCGGUUUACUUUUGGUUGGUUUUUCGUUUACCAUUGUUUAGGGAAUAUGCCCAUUUAUUACAGUAAAUAAAUUAAAGAUGACAGU